CAAUUCUGUCUUGUCGCACCUUACCGAUCCUCUCGCUAUCAGGCGCGUCCUUGAUCGCGUAGGUCUGACUCGGGAACUGAUUAUUCGACAUCUCAGUCAAUCCGAAAAGUCGCGUUCCGGCCCAUUGAACGAACUAUUCAACCAUCAGGGCCGUGUCGGCCAUUUGCGCAUCAUGGCUCCUUCCAAGUUGCAACAGCCAGACUCCGAAACCUCUUCGAUAGCAGACACGCCAAUGGCGGAUACCAGUGACAUUAUUCAUCCACGUAGACCAUCAUUUGGUCACCUCAAUCGAUAUGUCGACGAUACACCAGAUUACACCGAGGACUCAGACACGAACCCAAACACUACAGCUAGCAGCAUAGCCGGAGAUGCUCCCGCACCUGAUGGACGAAAGAAGCGGACCGAGGCCUUUCAAUUGCGAAAGAGCUUACUGGGCAAGAAGCAUGGACAGCUGGACGAGUCGAAAGAAGACGAUACUAUCCGGCGGUUUAAAUACCUGCUGGGCCUGACAGACUUGUUCCGCCACUUCAUCGACACCAACCCUAAUCCGAAAAUCAGAGAGAUCAUGACAGAAAUCGACCGUCAAAACGCUGAGGAAGAGGCCCAAGCCAAGAAGGUGGUCUCCCGCAAAGGCGGCGCAGCUGCUGGGAACAAGCGAAAAACCGAACAAGAAGAAGAUGCGGAGCUAUUACGUGACGAGAAGCGUGGUGCAGCGUCGCAAACAAUCUUCCGCGAGUCGCCGUCGUACAUACAGAACGGUGAAAUGCGUGAUUAUCAGGUCGCUGGCCUUAACUGGCUCGUUUCUCUUCAUGAGAACGGUAUUUCAGGUAUCCUGGCUGACGAGAUGGGGCUCGGCAAAACUCUCCAAACCAUCUCUUUCCUUGGAUACCUUCGCCACGUCUGCGGUAUCAAGGGACCACACCUCAUCACGGUUCCAAAGUCAACUCUCGACAAUUGGGCCAGGGAGUUCAAGAAAUGGACGCCUGAGGUUGAUGUCCUGGUCCUACAGGGUGCCAAAGAAGACCGUCAGGCCCUGAUAAAUGAGCGACUGGUCGACGAGAAGUUUGACGUUUGCAUUACAAGUUAUGAGAUGAUUCUACGAGAGAAAUCUCACCUGAAGAAAUUUGCUUGGGAAUAUAUCAUCAUCGACGAAGCACACCGCAUCAAAAAUGAAGAAUCGUCCCUUGCGCAAAUCAUCCGUAUGUUCAGUUCUCGAAACAGACUCCUGAUCACCGGCACACCAUUACAGAACAACCUCCACGAACUUUGGGCUCUCCUCAACUUCCUUCUUCCUGACGUAUUUGGAGAUUCUGAGGCGUUCGAUUCGUGGUUCUCGAGCCAGAGCGAGGAUCAGGAUACUGUCGUCCAACAACUCCACCGUGUACUGAGGCCGUUUCUGCUCCGACGGGUGAAGAACGACGUCGAGAAGAGCUUGCUGCCGAAGCAAGAGCUGAAUCUGUACGUCGGUAUGUCUGAAAUGCAAGUCAGAUGGUACCAGAAAAUCUUGGAAAAAGAUAUCGACGCAGUCAACGGUGCUGGAGGCAAGCGAGAAUCCAAGACGAGACUUUUAAACAUUGUUAUGCAGCUGCGAAAGUGCUGCAAUCAUCCAUACUUAUUCGAGGGCGCUGAACCUGGUCCACCAUACACUACCGACGAGCACUUGAUAUUCAAUUCUGGGAAGAUGCUUGUUCUGGACAAGAUUUUGACGCGCAUGAAGGCAGAGGGAAGUCGAGUGCUCAUCUUCUCUCAGAUGAGCAGAGUCCUGGACAUCCUGGAGGAUUACUGCGUCUUCAGAGGCCACCAGUAUUGCCGCAUUGACGGUGGUACUGCUCAUGAAGAUCGCAUUGCCGCCAUCGAUGAUUACAACAAACCUGAUUCCGAGAAAUUUGUGUUUCUGCUCACCACACGUGCAGGUGGUUUGGGCAUCAAUUUGACGUCUGCUAAUAUCGUGGUCCUCUUCGACAGCGACUGGAAUCCUCAAGCAGAUCUGCAAGCCAUGGAUCGAGCACAUCGUAUUGGUCAGACCAAACAAGUCAAAGUGUUUCGUUUUGUCACCGAAAAUGCUAUCGAAGAAAAAGUGCUGGAAAGAGCUGCACAAAAGUUGCGCCUGGAUCAACUGGUCAUCCAACAAGGUCGUGCUCAGCAGCAAGUGAAGCAGGCAGCCUCGAAAGACGAUCUACUUAACAUGAUCCAACAUGGUGCCGAGAAGGUAUUCGAGACGAAGGGCGCGAUUGGUGAUCUCGAUGAUAUUGACGAGAUUCUUCGGCGUGGUGAGGCUCGGACCGCUCAGUUGAGUGCGAAGUACGAGAAGCUUGGUAUCGACGACCUGCAGAAGUUCUCCUCGGAAAGUGCGUAUGAGUGGAAUGGUGAAGAUUUCACAAAUCGCAAGAAGAAUAUUGGCGUCAACUGGAUCAAUCCGACCAAACGUGAGCGAAAGGUGCAGGAAUACUCGAUGGAUAAAUACUAUAGGCAAGCGCUGUCUUCCGGAACAAAACCCGCCGAGACGAAGCCCAAAGUCCCUCGAGCUCCUAAGCAAGUCAACGUGCACGAUUGGCAGUUUUUCCCUCCCGGCCUUCAAGAGUUACAGGAGAAAGAGACUGCCUAUUAUCACAAGGAGAUUGGGUACAAAGUGCCCCUUGCUGAAGGUACUGAAGAGGAUCUCAGUGAUCGAGAAGCCGACCAACGAUUGGGCCAAGAUGAAAUCGACAACGCCGAGCCUCUCACUGAGGAGGAAAAGCAGCGCAAAACCGAGAUGCAAGAACACGGAUUUGGUAGUUGGAAUCGACGCGAUUUCCAACAGUUUAUCAACGGCUCUGCCAAGUUCGGCCGAACAAAUUAUGAAGGCAUUGCCACCGAAGUCGAUAGCAAAGAGCCUGACGAGAUCGAACAAUAUGCCAAAGCCUUCUGGAAACGCUAUCCUGAGAUUACGGAGUACGACAAGCACAUCAAGGCCAUCCGAGCUGGCGAAGAGAAAUUGCGCAAGACGAAUCUGCAGCGGAAACUGCUUCGGAAGAAGAUGGAGAUGUACAGAGUACCAUUGCAACAGCUAAAGAUUAAUUACACUGUUUCUACGACAAACAAGAAAGUGUAUACUGAGGAAGAAGACCGCUUCCUGCUGGUCAUGCUGGAUAAACAUGGUGUUGAUGGCGAAGGCUUGUAUGAGAAGAUCCGCGAUGAAAUUCGAGAAUCACCUCUGUUCCGCUUUGAUUGGUUCUUUCUCAGCAGAACCCCUGUGGAAAUUGGUCGAAGAUGCACGACGUUGCUCAACACAGUCCUACGCGAGUUCGGAGAAUUGGAUGAGAAAAUGACUAAUGGUCAUGGUCCUGGAAAAGGACGAGGGCGAGACCGAGAUGAGGACGAUGACGAAGACAAUGACAGCGAAGCACCGCCAGCGAAGAAGAAAGCGAAGAAUGGCAUUGUGAACAAACAAGUCAAAGCAGUCAAGUCUGGUCGAGGUAGCAAGAAUACUUCGCCUGCCACGUCGCGAGCUCAGAGCGUGUCAUCCACAGCACCAGCAAGUCGAUCCAAGGGCAAGAAGAGAUGAGAAUGCAUUGUUAUAGAGACACAAACCAUCCGCACGCGCGACCGAGUGACUUUCACGAUUGUCAUGUUUGGAAUUUGGAAGGUGUCUCUGCAUGUUUAUGGAAUAAGCCGUUGUUGUGGCCGUUCGCUGGCGGAAACAACGCAGGGAUAUGAUAGAGCUUCGCAUCACGAACUGUGGAUGAGGCUUAUCAUGACUAUGGGAAGUAGGGACAUUGCAAGAGCGACUUUUAGACUUGUAGAAAUAGUUAAAGAGAUU